ACCUUUCUUCGAAAGAAAUUUUGUAUUAAUGGAAUUCUUUACCAUUACUGAUCCAUCAGACUGGCCAUCAAGCAUGCCGGAGUUGAAUACCAUAGACACUCUCCUGAGAUGUGGCAUCUGCUAUGAGUUCUUUGACAUAGCUAUGAUCCUUCCAAAGUGCUCUCAUAAUUAUUGUUCCAUAUGCAUCCGCCGCCACAUGAACUACAAAAACCAGUGUCCUACUUGCAAUACACCUGCGGAAGUAUCACAGCUAUGUAAUAACAGAGCUCUGGAUGAGCUUGUCUCCAAUUUCAAGGCUGUCAGACCUCUAAUUCUCAAACUUUGCAAAGAGGAGGCCAAGAAGUCUGACAAGGUUAUUUUACAAAGUCCUUCAAGUGAACCAGCUGGAGGAAAGAAGAAAACUACCAAGGAGACCAUACUGAGUCCCCCUAGAGAACAGUAUGGAGGAAAGAAAACCAAGAAGACCAGCCCUUUCUUCAAGGAAACGAACCAUGAUAGUGAUGGAGACUUUACAGUGGAAUCCAAGGGAUUGGCAAGUGCAGAAACACCCAGGAGCAAAGCACAGAGGCGAUCAAACUACCAGAACACCAGAGACAAAAUUGCCUCCCAUGCAUCAGAGCUUGCAUCAUCAUCUGCAGCAUCUCCAACGAGAACCGCUUCAUCAAGUGAAGAAGAUCCGUUGAUGGAGCCUGAUGCAUCCAAAGGAGCCUUGUCCUCGUCUCUCAACAAAUCCAACGAAGAGAACAUUGAUCCCACGUACCAGAUACCAGCUGAUGGUGAUCACAGUGACGAAGACGUUUUUGCCCCCGUAGUAACACCAUCCAAGCCUUCCACAAGUCGCGGACAAGCUGAUGGAGGACUGCCCGGCGAGAAGAACCUUACACCCCUCACUCGAAGCGAAAAAGUUGAUUGCCCUGUAUGUGGAGUUCCUAUUUCAACCAAGCACAUCAAUGUUCACCUUGACUCAUGUCUUACUAAGAUUGAAGAGAAAGAAGCCAAAAGAAGAAUUCCAAAACGGAAGCCUCUCCCUAAGAUCGUCUCUAGUUUGCUGUCGGAUAAGGAGAUGAGGAAGAAGCUCAGAGAACAUGGACUGAGUCCUCAGGGAAACAGACAGAUUCUGAAUAAGCGUUUACUUGAGUUCACCCUGGUGUACAAUGCGCAGUGUGAUUCUAUUAAUCCAAUGUCGGUAGAAUCCAUUGUGAAAGAUUUCAACAAGACUGAUAAACUCAAGGGUCAACCUAAUCCUGUCCAUGUUGAACAGAGAUUAAAAGUAAAGAGAUCACUCCCAGAAGAUGAGAUAGCAAAAGCACAAGAAGAAUAUUUGAAAUCUCAUGGUUCACAAUUCAGUGAUCUCAUAAAGAACAUGAGAGAACGUGCUUGUAACUCCAAGAAGGCAGGGAAAGUAGAAGAGGUCGAUAAAGAACACUCAGGUCCCACUCUUCCUUCAGUAUUAAACAACAUACCUCCAGUGCCAAAGGAUGAUGCGAUGCCAGGAUCAGUUACGCUCAUCAAUGGAGACGAAACUUCUGGAAAGGAUACUGUGUGUGAUGGUGUAACUAGAAGUCCUCCAGACCCAAAGAAACAAUUGAGUGCUGUCACAGAAGAUGUAAAGUCAGUGCAGAAUCAUGGAGGACCAAGUGCUCAACCUGAAAACGCAAAUAGCUGUGAUGCUCUCCCACUGGACAAUGACAUGCCAACAGAAGUUUACGAUGUUGCUAGGAAACAAGAUGGUGGCAAAGGUAGCCGUCUCAAAUUGAAGAAAAGCAAGUACUUUGAAGACUCCACCAAAGGCACCGGUAGUGCGGACAGUCGGGUCUUGUCUCAGGAGGAUGAAGCUUCUGUUAAGAAAAUAUUAGAUGAGGGUAGGGAGGAGUGUCAAAUGGAGGAGGGUAUUGUCAUGGCAACCAAAAUGGCAGAGAACUCUGAGGAAUUGAUGGAUAUGAUGGAGGAUGAGGUCAGCCCAGUCUUUGGUCAGUGCUCGAUCGGAAGCAGUAGCAGCAGCAGCAGAAAAGCUCAGUCUGGUUCAUCUACCAAGAAGGCAGAUGGCGAUGGUAUUGACACAACAACGUUAGAGGACCAGGAGAAAGUAGUUCCACCCAGUUCUGUACCGCCUCUUCCAAACACCUUACUCCUCAAUGAUUUUGAUACCAUCUCAGAAGGGAGCAGCCUGGUCACUUUAGAGUCAUUUAGUGAAACUGGAAGUCAUGGUGAUGUGCCAUCACCUGGGGAUGUUAACUGUAUACCAGAGAGCCCCGAAGCAGAAAAAGGCAAGAGGAGCAAGCGUAUAGGUCGCAGGAAGCGCAAACCAGAGGUCAACCCAGAGGAUGAUGGGAUAGAAGCGGGGAAGGAGACAAGGUUGACCAGGUCACGCAAGAGGGGAAAAACAUCAGCUGACUAAUUUCUUUUUUUCUAAUCUGCUUGUGAUAUCACAUGUCAGCUUAUCAUUUUCACCUAGUGCAUGAGUUAUGGUUUGUUUGUUUGUGUUUAAAAAGAAAGCAUGUGUAUGCUUGUAAGUAGUUAAAGCAAACUUGGGGACGAACUGACCAAAGGCUUUAAGUCCUCUCCGUACCAAAUGGGCACUAGCGCAUAAAACAAGGAAUCUCCUGGUUACAAUGCCUCAUGCCAUUCCUGGUGGACCGAUCCAUCAUUCAAAGACAGACUCAUGAUUCAAGGAUUAAAGACGAAGUUCCUUCACAAGAAAAGGAAUGUUAUUUAUGCCAAUACUAGUAUUUUUCACUUGUUGAUGAUUCAUCACGAUUCAUCACGAUUCAUCAUGCAUUGUAUGUGAACUUGGGGUGAAUUUAUGUAAACGUUUGAGAUUAUAUAGAAAUAAUUAUUUCAUUUUCUUUUCUUUUCUUCAAACUUUUGUUUUACAAUGCAUGUACACUGUAUAUUCUAAAUCAUUACCUAUGAUAAUACUCACCUAUGACAAUCCACCAAAUUAUGUUUGUUCUUUCUAAGUUUUAAGUCUUUAUGUCACAUCUCAUUUCAUGUUUAUUAAGUGCGAUUGCUUUUCUAUUACAUUAUUAUCGUACCAAGAGGCAUUAUAAUUACAUCAUUAUUUGGUGCUUUACCAUUUAAAAAAUGAUUGAAAGUGAAGUUCAAUGCUGUAGAGUGUAGUGUCUUAUGUAAUAAGUCUCUGACACAACAAAACUAAUGGUUCACAGUAAACUUUAUAUUUCAUUACUAAGUACUUACUACUUUUUAAGGAUCUUUCUUGAGAUCUAAAUGUAGGUUUAAAGGGAAAUUCAACCUUUAUAUAGCAAACAACUCAAAAAGAAGGCAGAAAAAUUAAAGAAGUAGACCGGUGAAAAUUUGAACGAUAUCUGACAAAAAUAAGAAAGUCAUGAAUUUUUGCAAGUUGUAAUCACUAUAUGUAUGGGCUCUUCAAAUUGGCUGAAUCAGUAUUGUCUCUGUGAGGUAGUGGCUGACAACUAAAAUGUCAUCUUUCAAUAUGUGUGACAUGGGAUGCUCUUUUCUAUCUAGAGGAUCUGUAAUAAUUAUACUCACAAUAAUUUAUGUUUUGUAGUGCCCCAAGAAUGAAAGCACUUGGGAUAAAAACAGAAAUCAGUGAUAUUUUGUACACACUAAACGGGAAACCAGUUGUGAUCUCACCAUUCAAACAUUCAAAACUUUCUCAUUAUUUGUCAGUUUUAUUUCAAAUUUUCGUAAUUCUUUGUAUCUGAUUUUAAAUGACACAUUGUUGUAAUGUAGCAGUCACUGUAUAUACCAUGAACACAUUUGAAGGGUAAAAUGUAGAGUAAAUAUGCAAAUUGACAACUUCAUGUAUUGCACGUCAGCCCAUGUGACACAAAGCUAUACUUAGGACUACUAUGAUUACUACUAUGAUUGUGUAUCUUAAAAUGAAAGGUACAAUGAACAUGAAUUCUUCAAGUAUUCUGCUUUGAUUUACACAAUAGCUGUGUAAACACAUUUAAAGUAAUUACACAAGUGUUCAUUUGCACAAACAUUCAACUUAUUUUUGAUGUCUUAUAUUUUGGUGAGGCAGCAUGCAAUGUAAAUGAGUGCACAUGUACCUUGAAAAACAUUUCAAAUGUAAUAUUUUUGGCCGCAACAAGUAAGUUCUGACUGUGGACCAGGAUUUCAUGUUGUAAAAUGUAAAGUAUAUUUCUUCAAAUUUUUUUUAAACGAUACUGUAAUGUUUCCAACAAUUUUUUUUUUUUAAGUGUAAGAAAGUAAAUGCACUUGUAAAGACGGUAAAGACAUACAUGUACAAGCAAGGAAUUUUCAUCAUAAAAUAGUUUAAUAUCACUUUGUCUGUAUAGUUAUUAAAGUGUACAUUAAUAUUUUUGCUGACAAAUAGUUCAUGCUUUGAUACAGAUGAAGCUUUACAGAAACCUUGAAAAAGACUUCAAAAUAAAAUAUUAACAUUCUAGGCUCUACUACACAUUAAACUAAAGUACAUGUAAUCGAUGUAGUGAUUACCUAGUUAGCAACUGGUCUUUAGCAAUAAUGUUUUUAUAAUGAACAUAUAAGCUGUUCUGUAUCAUGAACAAAUCUUUCAUUUAUGUUAUAUUCACAAUAAAAGUAUCACUUAAACAAAAA